AUCACUUUUUGUUAUAGGAUUGUUCCUCAUGCUUCAAUCUCUAGGAUUUGAAUCUUAAUCUCAUAGGCUAAGUCCAGUGUUUUGCUCCAACAGUACCAGCUACUCUGGAGGAUGAGGCAGGGUGAUUACUCAAGCCCCGGAGUCCCAAAGCAACCUAAGAACAAACGCACUGUACCCAGCGGUUUACAGAUGGCAGAAGUAAAGUCCAUGUUCCGGGAAGUCCUUCCAAAACAAGGGCAGUUGUCUGUGGAAGAUGUAACCACAAUGGUGCUGUGUAAGCCCAAGCUUUUACCCUUAAAAUCUUUGACUCUGGAAAAACUGGAGAAAAUGCAGCAAGCAGCACAGGAUACAAUCCGUCAACAAGAAAUGGCAGAAAAAGACAACAGGCAAAUAACUCAUUAACAAGUACCACUUCAGGGGACACCCCAUCUUACACUGUAACUGUUCAGUAGUUAGAAACUAUUCUGCUUAUGUAAGCUGAAGAAUUGUAAUCACACUGGGCAUUCAUAGUUUUAAAAAACACAAAAUUUGGGGAAUUUAAACAUUGGUUUGUAUUAAAAGAAAAACUUUGAAUCAGUUUUGUGGAAUUUUGGAAAAGUUUUAAUUAUAAAUUAUUUACCAUAUCAUAUUGUUACAAAUUUAAGAGAUUAAAUGCAUCUUUUAUAGGUGAAAUAUUUCUUCAGUUUAUUAGAAACCGGGACUGAAAAUAAACUCUAAUAUUGAAUCUGGUGUUGGGCUCAUACAUUACCCAAAAACAAAUGUAACUAAUCAUGUACUAUAUGGUGUUUAAGCUAUGUAGCCUGACCAUGAUAACAGUAGUAAUUAACAAAAUUGGUUUCUUAAACAAAUUUUAUUUUUAGGAAACCAUCUAUA